AUGGAUGACGCAGGCAGACGCAGCAAUAUUGCUGCUUGUGGAACCACAUCAAUUAAACUAAGACACCAACCCCAACCAUCAACGAUAACCACUGAGAUUACCAUUCUCGCCUUGGAUGAUAAACCCACUAAUCAAAAGCACUGGUCUCCUUCUUUUGCUUCCUCUGAUUUUGGUUCUUCCCGGAGUUCACCAAUUGAAUCAGAACUUGGGUCAACUGAGUCGGAAAGUGACCAAGACGACGAUUACAUUGCUGAGUUGACUCGCCAGAUGGCUCAUCACAUGCUCCAAGACGACGAUCAUCAAAGACAUGAAAAGACAUGGAGUUUUGCUGGUUGGCCGCAAUCAACAGUAUGGUCAGAGUUGGGCUCGAGCCAAGAAGAGGAGGCCGUGAUGAACAAGUUUCACAAGUUCAAGAUCAAGGAAGAGGAAGGUAUUCACAAGUAUACCAAUAACGAGAGAUUUUUAAGCACUUCGCUUGAAACCAAUUCAGUCCCUUUAACUGUCAGGAACCCCAAAAUUUCCAGCGCUGAGUUCCAGUCUAAGCAAGCUCUUAUUGAUGAUCAAAUAAAGGCCAUUCAAUUCUAUAAGCUAAAAAAAUCAGAGCAGAUUAUGAAGCAGCAAGAAUAUCUAAAUGGGGCAAAACAAUCCAAUCGGUAUAAACAAAAUGACCCAAAACAACAGGUUAAGCAAUUUCCAAGCAAGGGGAGAGGUCGUGGUGGGCAGUUUACUAGCCAUUGUGAACAAAAGGUGUCAUGGGCUAAUCUACAGCAACAAAAACAACAAUAUAGAACCGGUUCAGAGAUGAGAGCAGUUUUCCUUGGUGAUUCACGUUCAAGAAGGGGGUCUGGUGCUGGGACUGGAGUGUUCUUGCCUCGAGGUGUAGGCAAUACUUCCGGGUCACAUAAGAAACCAGUGGCCAAAUUAAGUUUGAUAUUCGAAUUGGAAACUUCCCUUGUCCACUUGUUUAUUCCUUUCACAUAUUGUGUUCAGCUAACCACUUGUUGUUCAACUGUUUUUAUACCAGCAAGAGUAGUUCAAGCGCUGAAAAUGCACUUCGACAAAAUGAGGGUUGAAUCAAGAUCCAAUGAUGCUAUUUUCCCUAUUCAACAUGAUGAUUUGAGUGGUGAUGUGAGAUAUGGCCCGCAAUCACAGCAAAAAAGCCAGUCCCCACCGUUGCCGGCAAUAAAUUGUCAUCAAGGGACCGGUCUUCCUCAGGAGUGGACAUACUGA